CGGGGCGGCGGGGCCUGCGGAGCCGGAGCAGCCGGGCGCCGGGCGCUGUGGCUGCCGGUCCCGCGGGGCGGGGCCCGCUCGGCGGCUGCGGGCCGGUCCCUCCAGCGCCGGAGCGGCUUGGGGGCCGGGCGGACUGCCUCCCACUUUUACUUACAAACUGAAGACUCGCGGCCAGGAAGCCGGCUGACUGCUCUGGCUGGGCCCUGGCCCGGAGGCCUGUCCACUGGCAAAGGACCCUGGCCGAGGAGUCCGUGAAACGGGGGCACGGACCUCCAUGAGCCGGUCCCAGGCGGCCCUGCUGGGCCUGGGCCUGCUGCUCAUGCUGCUCCUGUACGUGGGGCUGCCGGGCCCCCCUGAGCCCACUCCCUGGCUCUCGGGAGACCCCAAUGUCACCAUGCUGGUCGGUCUCACCCGGGGCAACUCCCGCAUCUUCUACCGCGAGGUGCGCCCACUCCACCGGACACGAAGGCCGGAGGUGGUGCUGCUCCACGGCAAGGCCUUCAGCUCCAGCACCUGGGAGCAGCUGGGCACGCUGCUGCUGCUGGCGCACCGCGGCUACCGCGCCGUGGCCCUGGACCUCCCAGGUUUUGGGAACUCGGCACCGUCCAGGGAGGCGAGCACGGAGGCGGGGCGGGCGGAGCUGCUGGGGCGCGCGCUGCGGCAGCUGGAGGUGCGGGGCGCCGUGCUGGUGAGCCCCUCGCUGAGCGGCCGCUACGCGCUUCCCUUCCUGGUGCGGGAGCACCCGCAGCUACGCGGCUUCGUGCCCAUCGCGCCCGCCUCCACCCUCAACUACACGCGGGAGCAGCUCCAGGCCGUGAAGACCCCCACGCUCAUCCUGUACGGGGAGUUGGACCGCACCCUGGCGCGGGAGGCCCUGCGGCAGCUGCGCCACCUGCCCCGGCACUCCGUGGUGAAGCUGCGCAACGCGGGCCACGCCUGCUACCUCCACCAGCCCGGCGACUUCCACCGGGCCCUGCUCGCCUUCCUGGACCAGCUGCCGUGAGCUGGCCGCGGCUCCGAGGGUCUGGACCGGCCCCCGCCGGCCCGGGAGGCAGCCGCUGGGAUUGGAGGGCGGAGAGCCAGGCUCAGCCGCCCGGCCUCUCAUUUAUCUCACAGGCACAAUAAAUAAGAGCACUUUGUCCUG